UUCCAUUUAUAGUCUGUGCAUUACUGCAUAUUUCUCUCGCUACUGCAGCUGGGAGAAAAUAAGCGAUCCUGGCGGCUUAAGGAUAAUCAUCCAGGUUGAUUAGCUACAGUACUUACGUACUGUAACGACUUGGCGCGAACAAGGACUGCUGGAGGGGACGAAAAUGAUGCAUCAGCAAUCCAUGAUGGUUGGCGAUAUGAUUCCUGUACACUCUGAGAUACCCGUGCAUGUUGAGGAGAUGAAUAACGCAAACUUUGAAAAUAAUGCUUCUUACGCAUACGACGAUCUAUUCCCGGCUUUGCCGCACUCGCAGCCGCCGGUUCAACGCAGCAUUCAACAAACUACAAACAAGCUUCGCGUUGGAUCGUCACUGCAUACCCAGGUGUUCCAUGUGCCAUAUGAAGAGAGAAAACUUGAUAAUGCUAACACUUUCGGCGAAGGCGAGUCAUUGAGAACCUGUCAAUCUAUUACUAAAGAUACCGGCGCCCAUAUUGAAAUAUCUACCAGCAAGGAUGGCAGUUUGACUUUUCUGAUAACUGGCAAACAUAGUGCUGUUCUUGAUGCUCGGCGCCUCAUCUUGACCCACUUCCAACAACAGGCAAGCAAGCAGGUUAACAUUCCUAAGGAACACCACCGAUGGAUCUUAGGAAAACAAGGCCAAAAGCUGAAGGAAUUGGAAAAGGUCACCGCUACUAAAAUCAGUGUCCCUGGCAUUGCAGACACUAGUGAGACUAUCACUAUAACUGGCACCAAGGAGGGCAUUGAAAAAGCUGAACAUGAAAUCCGAGUCUGUUCUGAAGAACAGUCGCGCAAAGCUUUGGAGCGUAUCAAGAUCCCGAAGAUCUACCACCCGUUCAUCCAGGGCCCUUACGGCGAGCGUGCGUCGGCGCUUAGCGCUGAGACCGGAGCUCGCAUUCACAUCCCGCCCGCGUCCACGCAAAGCGAUGAGAUCGUUAUUGCUGGCGAGAAAAAUGGAGUGCUUGCUGCUAAAGCGCAAAUCGAGCAAAUUUAUGAGGAGAUGGUCAAGAAAUGUUCAACAGUGCGUGUUGAAGUACCCAAAUCUCAGCACAAAUACGUAAUUGGCGCUCGUGGAACAACUAUCCAAGAGAUUUUGAAGGAGACUGAAGUGUCUGUGGAGAUGCCUCCUCCAGACUCACCUACUGGAACUAUCACUCUACAUGGCCCUCACAACAAAAUCGGCCUUGCUCUCUCAAAAGUCUGUGAAAAAGCGAACUCUGUUAAAACUGCAACUGUUGAUGCUCCCACAUGGAUCCAUAAGUAUAUAAUUGGAAAGCAUGGUUCUAACAUUAAAAAGAUAACUCAAGACUUCUCAAAGGUACAUGUUGAUAUAACUCACUCUGAAGAUAAGGUGAAGAUUGAUGGUCCCCCUGAGGAAGUGGAACGUGCACAAGUUGAGUUAGAUGACUUUGUGAAGAACUUGCUUGCUACCCUGACUUACGUCGAACUGUCGGUUGAUCCCAAAUUCUUCAAGCAUAUUAUUGGCAAGAAUGGAACUAACAUUAAUAGACUGAAGGAUGAGACUGGGGUAGUUAUUAACAUUAUUGAAAACGAAGGCAACAAUAUUAUUCGCAUCGAAGGUAGCCAUCAAGGAGUUGCCGAUGCUGAGAGGGAACUAAGAGAAAUGGUCAUGAAAUUGGAAAAUGAAAGAACUAAGGAAGUCUAUGUCGACCAUAGAUACAUCAAAUCUCUUAUUGGAGUCCGAGGAGAAAAGAUUAAGGAACUUCGUGAGAAGUUCGAGCGCGUGCUUAUUUCCUUGCCCGAUCAGGGACAAAAGAGGAGUCCUAUCAAGUUAAGGGGACCUCAGGAAGACAUUGAGAGAUGUGAAAAGUAUUUGCACAAGAUCAUCAAAGAAAUAGCGGAGUCUUCCUAUGUCCAAGAAGUACCGAUUUUCAAGCAGUUCCACAAGUUUAUUAUCGGCAAAGGUGGUGCUAAUUUAAGGAAAAUCCGAGAUGAAACUCAAACUGUGAUUGAUCUUCCAGCCGAAGGCGAUGAUAGCGAUGUUAUUACCGUGAGAGGUAAACGUGAAAAUGUUGAAGAUGCUGUUAAAAGGAUUCAACAGAUACACAAUGAAAAAGCCAAUGUUGUAACAGAGGAAGUCACUAUUGCGCCUAAGUAUUACAAUUCUCUUAUUGGAGCUGGUGGCAAACUUAUUCAUUCCAUUAUGGAAGAGUGUGGUGGAGUUCUUAUUAAGUUCCCACCUGCAGAGAGUGACAGCGACAAGGUUGUUAUUAAAGGACCUAUCGAAGAUGUCGAGAAAGCUAAACAGCAAUUAUUGGCCCACGCGUCCGAACGUGAACUGACGUCACACACGGCUCACGUUCGCGCCAAGCCUGAACACCACAAAUUCUUGAUUGGCAAGAAUGGUGCAAACAUCAAGAAGAUUCGGGAGCAGACUGGCGCUCGAAUCAUCUUCCCGACUGAGAAAGAUGAAGAUAAGGAAGCUAUAUUCAUUAUUGGUCGCGAAGAGCAAGUUGAGGCAGCCCGCAAGCAGCUAGAGUCAGCGGUGGCCGAAAUCAGCAACGUGUCCGAGGGCGAGAUGUCGGUGGCCCCGCGCCAUCACCGCCACUUCGUGGCACGACGCGGCGAGGUGUUACGCCGCAUCGCCGACGACUGCGGCGGCGUGCAGAUCUCCUUCCCGCCAGGCGUCAACAGCGACCGAGUCGUGCUCAAGGCGAAGGACUGCAUUGAGGCCGCCAAGAUUCGCAUCAACGAAAUAAUUGAAGAUUUGGAAGCUAAGGUGACUAUCGAGUGUGUAAUUCCUCAAAGGCACCAUCGUACAGUGAUGGGGGCCCGUGGUGCUAAAGUCAAGGAUAUUACCGCCGAACACGACGUCCAAAUUAAAUUCCCCGAACGCGACUCAACUGAAGGAGCUGACGUGCCUGUCAAGGACGAUGAUAAUUCUGAACCAGGCCCUAAUGAUAUAAUUAGAAUUACUGGCCGCCCAGAAAAUUGCGAGGCAGCUAAAAAAGCUCUACUUGAGCAGGUGCCAAUUACAAUUGAUGUUGAAGUUCCGAAUGAACUGCAUCGAUUGCUUGCUGGACAGAAGAGAGAACUGAUGCAGACUUAUGAUGUUCAUAUUCUGCUCCCACCAAAUGACGACACCAGUGACUUGGUUAAGGUGACAGGCACACCAACUAAUGUUGAGAAAGCCAAAGUUGCCCUGACAGAAAAAAUUGUUGACAUGGAAAAAGAGAAAGAGGAUAGAAUUCUCAGGUCUUAUGAACUGAAAUCAAAGUGGAUCCUGAAAUACCAUCCUUUGGUGAUUGGUAAAGGAGGAUCCGUUAUUACCAAAAUUCGCACUGAUUAUGGAGUACAAAUAAAUUUGCCUAAACGUGGCGCUGAUGAUGAUGUAAUCACAAUUCAGGGUUAUGAAGACAAAGCUCAGCAAGCCAAGGAAGCCAUUAUGGCUAUUGUCCAUCAACUGGUCAGUUCAUAUUCAUGUAACUAAUAAAAUAUUCAGUAU